UAACAUAUCCAACUGUUCGAGUUCUAAUCACAAUCAUUCUUUUCAAUCAUUAGAAAAUAUAGAGAGACCCUAGGAUAGACGCUUUCUACACUUCAUACGCUCGACAAAGUACAUAAUUCUACCUCCCAUAACAUCAUUCGUUAACAGUCUUCGACAUCAUGCCUUUCAAAACGAAACUUACCAAGGCAUUGGGUAUCGAAUGUAAGUUACACCCCCUGUGCGCUCUCCCGACCGACAUAUCAUUGAUUCGGGUCUUGUAGUACCUAUCGUCCAGGGUGGUAUGCAGUGGGUGGGAUAUGCGGAACUAGCAAGCGCCGUAUCAAAUGCUGGAGGUUUAGGGAUUUUAACAGCUCUCACCCAACCUACUCCAGAAGAUCUCCGCAAGGAGAUCCGAAGAUGUAGGGAAAUGACAAAUAAGCCGUUUGGUGUAAACAUCACACUGUUACCCUCGAUUAAUCCCCCGGAGUAAGUUCCCGCAGAUCUCAAUCUCAUCUCAUGUUGAUUCGCCGUUUUCCCCGUGCCAGUACAACAUGGCCGUCAAGCCACGAAAAACUUGCAAAACCAAACUGACUCGUGAUUUCUUCCAGUUACGGUGCAUACGCACAAGUCACUAUCGAUGAGGGAAUUAAAGUGGUUGAGACUGCAGGGAACAGCCCAGGUCCUAUCAUAAAGAUGUUGAAGGCUGCUGGAAUAAUCAUCCUACAUAAAUGUACGACCAUCAGACAUGCAGAGAGUGCAGUGAAGCUUGGGGUUGACUUCUUGAGUAUCGAUGGUUUCGAAUGUGCUGGGCACGUUGGUGAAACUGACAUCACGAAUUUGAUUCUCCUUAGCCGAGCCAGACAAUCACUGAGCGUUCCUUUCAUUGCAUCCGGAGGAUUUGCCGAUGGUCAGGGGCUUGCCGCUGCCCUUUCUCUGGGCGCCGAAGGCAUCAAUAUGGGUACACGAUUCAUGUGUACUGUUGAGGCACCAAUACAUGAGAACAUCAAGAAGGAGAUUGUCAAGGCAUCGGAGGUUGAUACACAACUCGUUCUUCGAAGGUGGAAGAAUACUUCUCGCUUGUAUAAAAACAAAGUUACUGCGGAGGCAGCAAAAAUUGAACAGGAGAGCAAAACUGGAGAGUUUGCAGAGGUUGCUCCAUAUGUGAGCGGUAAGAGAGGAAGAGAAGUCUUCACCACUGGAGAUCCUGAUUAUGGAGUAAGUAUCAACCUUUCAACAUUAAAAAUUCAAAAGCUAACCCUCCGUUUAGGUCUGGACUGCGGGCCAGGUCAUUGGCCUUAUUCAUGACAUCCCCACAUGUGAAGUACUUUGCAAGAGAAUCGAGAAGGAGGCUAUGGAGACUUUAAACAAAGCUUCAUCUCUCUUUCAACCAUCAAGCAAGCUCUGAUUGUAUAGACGUUUCAACUAUGUAUUUUAGGAUUACCAUAAUGAUUGUUUUGACACUAUUUGUGUCUUAUUUUCUCAUGAUAUGUGACUGGGAAGGUGUGCAUAACUGCAGGGACC